UCCUCAGGAGCCCAGCUCUGGCCGGCGGAGGCGACGGCCAGCACAAGCCCGGGCCCCGGCGCGGGAGGCGGAGGCCGGCGGAGGCGCGGCCCAAGCGGCUCGGCGUGCGAGCCCUGCUCACCGGUGCGGCUGGUGAAAUCUUCCUGUGAAGAAUAAGGAUCCCUAAUUGUAGAAGUGCCCCACAAGCACCAUUCACUAGAAAGCCAGGAACAGUAUGACAGAACCAUCUAGCCGAAUCUAAAGUGUGAAGACCACCAUAUCCACCAGAAGACCCAGGAUGGAUCUGCACCACAGUACCACAGUCAGGCUCCUGGAGAAAUGGUGUUCCAAUGAGUCACCAUCUGGCUGCAGGAGACAUUAUAAUGCCAGGAAAAAACUGAAGCUAAUUCGAGUCAUUGGCCUUGUCAUGGGCCUGGUAGCUAUGAGCACUGUCCCAUUCUUAAUCAGUGCCUUUACUGAGACAGACACUCAGAGCAACCCAGGAGAAGCCAGUGAUAUGAGUGGCCCUCAGGUAGCACAGGGUCACCGUCAAAGAACUCUCUUAGAUUUAAAUGACAAGAUUCGAGAUUACACCCCACCGCCACCUGCUUCUCAGGAAGACAAAGCUGAGAACAGCACUGAUCAUGAGCAGGGAGACUACCCAAAGGACAUCUUUUCCUUGGAGGAGCGCAGAAAAGGUGCCAUCAUCCUCCACGUCAUCGGGAUGAUCUACAUGUUCAUCGCCUUAGCCAUCGUCUGUGAUGAGUUCUUCGUCCCUUCCUUGACUGUUAUCACUGAAAAACUGGGCAUCUCUGAUGAUGUGGCUGGAGCCACCUUCAUGGCUGCAGGCGGGUCAGCCCCAGAACUUUUCACGUCUCUCAUAGGGGUCUUCAUUGCUCACAGCAAUGUUGGCAUAGGCACCAUCGUAGGUUCAGCCGUGUUCAAUAUCCUCUUUGUUAUUGGCAUGUGUGCACUGUUCUCUAGAGAAAUAUUAAACCUGACGUGGUGGCCGCUCUUUCGGGAUGUGUCCUUCUACAUCGUUGAUUUGAUCAUGUUGAUCAUAUUUUUCCUCGAUAACGUUAUCAUGUGGUGGGAAAGCUUACUCCUCUUAACAGCUUACUUUGCUUAUGUGGUUUUCAUGAAGUUCAACGUCCAAGUAGAAGGAUGGGUGAAGCAAAUGAUAAAUCGCAAUAAAGUUGUCAAGGUGACAGCACCAGAAGCCCAAGCAAAGUCGUCUACAGCAGGGGACAAGGAAGACCCGGCUUUACCGGCUAAGCCGCGCCUCCAGCGAGGUGGAAGUUCUGCCUCCCUCCACAACAGUCUUAUGAGGAAUAGCAUCUUCCAGCUCAUGAUACACACCCUUGACCCACUCGCUGAAGAACUUGGAUCAUAUGGAAAACUAAAAUAUUAUGACACAAUGACUGAAGAAGGGAGGUUCAGAGAAAAGGCUUCAAUUCUCCACAAGAUUGCCAAGAAGAAAUGCCAAGUGGAUGAGAACGAGAGGCAGAAUGGGGCUGCUAAUCAUGUGGAAAAAAUCGAACUUCCCAACAGCACAAGCACCGAGGUCGAAAUGACACCAUCAAGUGAAGCUUCAGAACCUGUGCAGAAUGGGAACCUCUCCCACAGCAUUGAAGCUACAGAUGCCCCGCAGGCCACAGAGACUGCUGAGGAAGAGGAUGACCAGCCCCUCAGCCUGUCUUGGCCAUCCAACACCCGCAAGCAGGUCACAUUCCUGAUUGUUCUUCCCAUCGUACUCCCGCUCUGGAUCACCUUACCUGACGUCCGCAAACCUGCUUCCAGGAAGUUCUUCCCUAUCACAUUCUUUGGCUCCAUCACUUGGAUCGCAGUUUUCUCUUACCUGAUGGUGUGGUGGGCACACCAGGUUGGAGAGACCAUCGGCAUUAGUGAAGAGAUCAUGGGUCUGACCAUCUUGGCUGCUGGAACCUCUAUCCCUGACCUUAUCACCAGUGUCAUAGUGGCCAGGAAAGGGCUGGGGGACAUGGCCGUGUCCAGCUCUGUUGGAAGCAACAUCUUUGACAUCACUGUGGGGCUGCCACUGCCCUGGCUCCUCUACACCAUCAUCCACAGAUUCAAGCCAGUGACUGUCAGCAGCAACGGCCUCUUCUGCGCCAUCGUCCUCCUCUUCAUCAUGCUGCUUUUCGUCAUCCUCUCUAUCGCCCUCUGCAAAUGGCGGAUGAACAAAAUACUGGGCUUCAUCAUGUUUGGCCUCUACUUCGUGUUCCUGGUGGUCAGUGUCCUCCUGGAAGACAAAGUGCUCGAGUGCCCUGUCUCCAUCUAGUGGAAAAGCCAUAUCUUAAACCAACAGCAUGGAUGGUCCCUCCUGGCUCUGGGUUCCAGGCUCCUUGCUGUCUUGAGAAGAGGCAGCCUGUGCACAGCCUUGGGAGGCCAGUGUUCCUCCUUGGAGAGUUAGAGGAAGGAUGGAUUCUCAUGGGGCCAUUCACGUCACAGGCAACUCACCCUUGCCUGCUGAAAUGACUCCAUAUAAGAGACAAAGAGAACCAUCUCUCCAUCACCACUGACAGGUACUCCUCGCUGGUCGGAGGUACGUUCAUUGUGAUGACACAAAAGAGGACAGAGGCUAUACAUACAUAUAAAUAUAAAUAUUAUAAAUAUAUACACAUGAUCAUACAAAUCCUGCCUGUUUCUGUACUAUACCUCUCCUCCUAUACCUAUAGAGUAAUAUAUAACUGUACACAAACAGAAAGAAAAAUUAUAUAUAUAUAUAAAAAGACAUAUAUAUUUAAGUGCAAAUGCAUCUUUUCAGGGAUAGCUCUAGCAUAUUUAUGGUACCUAUUUGAAGAGGGGCAUCAACCUUCAACCUUCAGUUUGUACUUUGCCUCUCAAGUGCAAAAGGUGAAUUAACAGAAUCAGUAGGCAAAGCGUUCUUUGCUGUGAUCUCCAGGCUGCUUUGGCUAUACUAAGUUUAGUUUACUAGUUUGCAGAGAGGAGGGCUUAAUAGAGGGACUCUGUAGCAGCCCCAAUUAGAACCUCUAAAAUACUCUCACAAGCCAAACAGAACCUAUCUGCACAUCCACACUGGGAUGCUCUGACUGAGACCCAUGGGAUUCCUUAAGACAGAGGUAAAACUCAGACCAGGUGGUAACCAAAGGGGAACUGAUGAAGGUUAGGUUGUUUUGUUUUGUUUUGCUUUUUCUUGUAUUGCCCCAGCAUGCAAGUAGAUGAUAUGAAUGAAAAACCAAAUUAGUGCUUUUCUAGGACAGCAAAAUUAUAUAAACUGAGCCUACCUUGUUCCAGUGCAUGGCCCAUUAUCAUCAAAAGAACAAGGGCGAUCUUAGCCAUGAUUGUCAUUUGACAUGCUUUAAUGCCAAGGGCUCACAUCCAGUCCAAAGUCCUGCCAAGAGAGCUGAGAUGUGUGCUGAGAAACACCGUCCAGCAGAGGUGCUCAGUGGGAGCUGCCACUGAUGGGAACCUAAGGGCAUAGCUCCUUAGAGCAUUUCUCAGUGUGGUCACCAAGGGCUGCAGUCUAAGAAUCAUUCCCAAGAGAGCUAAACUAACGGCGGACAGUGCUUGAUUGAGGCAGUUUGGAUUUGUUUGCAGAGGCAUUUACCCGUUUACCCCCCCAGAACAGUUUCCAAGUCCUGUGUCAUGAAUUUGGUGUAGACCCUUGCAACAUUCAUGUCCUUCCUCCCAUCAUAACCCCAUCUGGAACUCCAGUGUUCCGAGCACACUGGAGACUGAAUUCCAUAGUUUCCUUAUGCUGCUCUGAAGCCGUCGCUCUGAUAUUAUGAUUUACUGAUUUUGCUCAGCUUCACAUUGGACCAUCUCAUUCCCUGAGUGCCCGCAAGCUCUGUCUGACAUCCUGUGUGAUGUCUCUGGUCUGUUUCAGUAGAAAAUGAGACUGGUUGAUAGCAGCAGGACAAACUAAACUGAAAAAAUAUGCAGAGUUUUUCAUUUCCCUAAACCAUGCUUUCUCCUUAAAGUUCAUUGAAAAAGUAAAUAGACGGUGACCCCCUGCAUGUAAAUUGGCACACACCAUGCGUGGAGAAUGUCAUCAUGCAUUCAGGUUCUGAUCUGUCACUGUGCCUUUUCUGACUAUGUUGUGAACAUCAUUUAACACAGGGAGGAGGGAUGCAGAACUCAAAGCUGAAUAAAAAGGUGGGGUAACCCAACACCCCAGAUCAAGUUCAGCAUCCCCUCCACAGAACCUCCAUUCAUUUACAGAGCAUGGCAACAACAGGGAGAACCAAGCCCAAGACCACUUCACUCAUAAGCAAAAGGUACUUCAAAGUGGGGGCCCCCAGAGAACACAAGAUAUCAAAAGGUCUGCCAGCCGAGAAACUGGCUUUCGAGUCUCUCCAACCAUGCAAAGUUGGAUUUUUGGUUUGUUUGUUUUUUUCCUCUGUGUAACUGCCCUGGCUAUCUUGGAACUCACUCUGUAGACCAGACUGGCUGCAAACUCACAGAGAUCUGCCUGCCUCUGCCUCCCUGAGUGCUGGCAAUUUUCAAUGGUGAGAGAGAAACCCACAUCAAGGGUUGGAGUUUGUUUGAAGCAAGCAUUUAUGCUGCUACCUUAGAAAGACAAGGAACAGUGAGUUUUCAGUUUUAAAAUCUCAGAUUGUUGUCUGGGCUACAUGAUGAUGGUUGGAUAAAUUCUGAUUUCUAGUUGGUUUAUUGCUUAAAAUGGAUGAUUUUUUUUAACCAACUACAAAUAGACUGUAAAAUAAGAAAGAUCACAGAAUGUCUGGUCCCGCCAUUACUAUUCCCAUGCUUACUCCCCUUACCUCCUCCCCAAGAAGCCAGGAAGCACCCCAGGUGCCUAAGAGCUGGGAGUUCUGCUUCAUAGGGAGUGUUAUGGUCUUUAAUGAAAAGUUGCUUCGAGAAGACAACAUUCCCACCAGUCCCUACCUCCACAGUGCGCCCCUCACUGAAUGGUGCUCAGGCACCAUCCACUGCUGGCUCUUACUGCUUUCACUGAGGAGUGUGUGGUUAUGUGGCCAUAUGUUGACCUGGAAUCAUUCACAUUAUUGUAAAACUGCUUUCUACAUGCUAGUUUCAGAUCCUCUCUAAUUUCUUUCUUGCAUAUUGGUGUGUACAAGUGUACCAGAUCUGCAGACAUACAAUAUCAAUUACAUCAUCACCCUUUGGGCUCAAUCACAUUUGGAAUUCCAAAGCAAAGAGCAUCAAACUUGACAGCCAAGGGAAAGGAAAGUCAUGCCCACCAACCAAAGUGAACAUUUAUGAACUAAACGGUUUUUUAUUCUAUGCAUAUACACAAACAUUUACAUGCCACUCAAACAUUCCAACCCCCAGAGUAUAAGAGAUAUUCCAGCUGUAUCCCUAAUGCUUACAGAGAGGCAAAAAUAUGCAAUAAGAGGGAUGGGAGAAAAUUUUAGACUGCUAUCUCUUUGCUUCUCUGGAGCAGGGUAUGAAAUAAUACCAAAAGUUCAGGCCAAAAUUUACCAUUCAUUUUAAAAUAAAGGAAUUGUACCCAAAUGUCCAUUUACUCACAGAAACCCAAGCCGGUCUUGCUUGCUGACACCUCUCCUCUAGCCCUAGGCAACCCUGGAACAGGAGAGAAACUUGGUCCAGACUAGGGAUUCUAAAAAUAGAAGCUCCUAGAUUUGCAUUUAAGAAUACCCCUGACAUAUCCAUCUGCCCUCUGGACCCAGGCAGUUCCUGAUGAGAUGAAGCAUGAGAUUAAAUGGUGUUAUUCAACUUCCCAGGACCUAAACAUGCCAGGCGGUGUCAGCAGAACAGAGUAGGUGUUCAGAGAUUCAGGGACAAGGUUGUUUGCCAGCUCAGCAGAUGAUGCAGAAUGUCUGAUGUCUCACUUUAAAGUGCUAUGAAAAGAGGCAAGGACCAUUUCAUAUUCGAGGAAAACGCUUUGCAAAGCCCCUGACAGGUAUCACUUGACAGCGGCCAUUGGAAUUUCUUUUCUAGGGAAGACAUGAGUCAGGUGGUUUAGAGGCCUUUCAGCAAAACACCACUGUCUUGAUGAUCAGAUUUCUGUUAAUGUUAGCAUACAUCAGCUCCUGGCCAGAGAGAAAUGACCGACUCCCUACCACCACCACCACCACCACCACCACUUCCUGCAUCUUGUAAAUACUUCUCUGACCUAAGGUGAAGGAAGAUGGGGCCUAUAAAAGAAGAUUGUCCACACCCAGACCACCUUAACAGAAGGCUGAUCACAGAAGAGACAAUGGUUAGAGCUACUGGCCAGACAGAGGGGAAGAUGGAAUUGGAGGUAUUCUAUUGAAAGAAUUGCAUUGAAGCAUUUGAUAGAGUCUGAUGCUUGUUUGAAUGUAAGCAUUUCAGAGAAUUUCAGUGGGUUUUCACACAGAUACACACACACACACACACACACACACACACAUUCUAUGCUUCCUUGCUCCCAGAAAGAUUGUGACUCCAACAAGUAACAUGUUACAGACAGAAAAGCUGUCACUCAUUUGUAGAUACUCACCUGACCUAUUAGUUUUUAAAGCUAUCAUCCUCUCUCACCUGCCUCUCUCACAACAUUUCCUUCAAUUAGCAGGCAAGGCUUUCCCACUAAGAGAGAUUGGGAGAAAAAUAUAAAAAUCAGAAGGGGGAAAUGAGAAAAUAAUUUACAUGUAAUAGAAUCCCUAAAAAAGCAAUUGAAAUAUAUCUGUGAUGUUUAAAGUGGUUACAAAUAGCAGACGUUUUUAAUCAAUUACUAGAGCCUAUACAUGUCCUAGGUUUAUUUGAAAAACCACAUGCCAAGAAGGCCUCAGGGAAGAAGGUUCCCGUGCCUUGGCCCAGUCAGUGUCUAUCUGAGUUUAGUUUCCUGCCUCUGGAUCUUUGUGGGCUUUUUUAAUCUCACAGCCUCAUAUUCUUUGAAAUAUAGCCAACAAGAAAAGCAAUAAAGGAAAUACAGCCAGCUUAGAUCCAAUACAUAUUAUUGCACCUUUGAAAUAUUUCUUUCAUGUCACUGGGCACUUUGGGUCUACAUAGGCGGUGGUGCCUCAGCAGCAGGAGGACAUGGACUUCUGUGGAAUCACAGAUGAGCUCAUGUUUACUACAUCUGGAAGUGGCUUGCCUUCCAUGUAGACCUCCCAGACAGCAUGCAUCCACAUGCCUUUCUCACACAUGGACAAUCAACCUCGCUCCAAACUACCUAAAUGUCACCAAAGUCUUUAAUCUUGCUAAUGGGUUUUCUUGAAAGAGUGGGAGGGAGGGAGGGCCCCACAAAGGACUAACAAAUACAUGACCUAGCCGGGUUUUGAGAGACCAAACCAGUCCUGAAAGUUGAGGUAGAUAAGCUCAAAUUAGUGUGUAGUGAGGGAUUGAAUGGCAAAGCGUGUUGCCUAUGCCACUUUUCCUAAAACACUGAUGGGCUGAACUGGAAAAUUAAUAAACACCUGAGGAUGGAAAAGUGCCACGGACGUGUGUGGGCUCCCACCAAGGACAGAUUCCAGUAAGGGAAUCUGUCUGCUGGUCACUGUAGUACAAAGGACCACCAAUAUUAAAUCAUGGGAUGUCAGCAAAGAGAUCCUAGUAUACUCAAGGUCAGAAAAGUUCCCAUCCAGUUCCACCCAAAGACCAUCCGGCUGAUGACUUUACCCAUUUUUUGCUUCAUGGCAGAAGUCAACUGCAUUUGAACACUUUUUGAUCUUUAUCUAUGACAUGAUUGAAAGUUGCUACUGUGGGACCCUCUACUUAUUUUCAUCAGAAGUGUCCUUGAAUUUUUUUGUUUAUUUAGGUGUUUUCCUCUUCUACUGCCUCCUUUCUCUCUUUCUCCUUUUCUUUCUGCUGCUGUCCCUGUUCCUCCUCAAUGUAAAUCUUCAAAAAUUCUAGACCUUUACCCCCAACACUUUUCUGUGCAUGACUGCUCCCUGGAGGAGACCAUUCUGAUUGCUGUUGAAUGGUAGGCAAAAUCCACAACCACAGAGGAGCACAAUAGCAUAAAUGCCUUCCAAGGACCAGUAGACCUGAAUGUGGUACCAAUGGGAAUUGGUUGUCUGGUGUCAAAAUGAACACUGGUCACAGCAUUAUCAUAGAGUGCUGGUGAGGUUAAGAUCGCUUACAUCUUCAUUCCAUAGCCACAAAGAAGACAGGAAGGGAGCCAUGUUAGAUCAUCCCAAGACUCUGGGUUUAUGCUUGCCUGCAUUGAUUACCGAGAGGAAGUAACAUUCUCCUUUCAAAUGGGAAGUCAGAAAAAGGGUUAAAGCUCCUCUUGUUAUGAGCCCCACUGUACAUUUACUUCCCACAAAGCAGGCUGAUAGAAACAGUAAGGACACUUCCUGACUAGGAACCUGGUCAACAAAAGAUGGGAAUUUCCUCUUGGGUUGCAAUUUCUUCAUAAUGGAUAUGUAAGUAAUAAAGGCCUUGGGUGCUGAAAGGUCUGCACUCAGCUAGCCAAAAGAAAGUACUAAUUGUCUUAAAUCAUAUUACACCCACACAAACAAGAGAAAAGUGAAAUAGGUCUGAAUCCCAGAAUAAAAUCAUUUCCAGAAUGAACUACAUGUGUGAAUUGAGGCAGAGAAUUCCUUGCCAGUUAAUUCAGUGAAUCUCCAAUUCUUAUCAUCAGGAUAAAACUGAAGGACAAUGGAUGCCUUUUGGGUUUUUUAAUUUUUUUAAUAUUGCACUUUAUAGUAUUUCAUAAGAGACGAUUGUCUUAAUUAAAGCCAUAAAAUACCAAUAAUGCAUAUAUUCAGGGCGUCUGAAUAUAGUCAAUGAACAGUCCAUGGGUCAUUCUAUGUAGUGUUCGUUGUAAAAUGAAGUUUAUCCGUUCUGUUUUUUAUUACUUACAACUACUCUUCUAGACAGUCCUAAUCUACUAAUAAACUUUUAGGUGUGUAUUUUAAUCAGACUGUUUGCAAAAUCAAUGAAAUUCUUUGUUUCACAGAAGCAUUCUUCCUUUUCAAAGUAGCUUAUUGCAUGGUUUCUUUAAGUAGCAAGUUGCACUACCACACUGAAAAUACUUCCUUUUUAAAAAUUCUAGAUUAUUUUUCUGAAAUCCGUUUGCUGUGUAAAGCAAGAUUUAUCCACAUGGAAAUUGAAAUGGAUAAUUAGCAAACAUGCCUGGAAAAAUUAGAGUGUUUCUGUUCUUAUAUAAAUAUAUGAUGGGUCUAAGAAGUUCCCUUAUAAAAAUGGCAGACAGACAUACAACCUGUUGAUACCAUCUUAUCCCUAAAUUUUUCCGUGUCCCUGGGAGAACAAGUGAGAACAACAGGCUUCAUAGUGCAGUGGGCAGUUUAUUUCCUGCUUCUGUUACAAUACAGUUUCUGACUGGGAGGGUAAGUUCUUUACACACAUACAUACACAGAUGUGCCCACGAUUAAAACCUUCAAUGUGAGUGAAAGCUAAUAUAAUGACUAACCGGAGCAAAAUAGCCCGGAACAAUCCACCACAACAGGGUAUCUAAAUCAUCCACAUAAGCCCGAGUAUUAAGUUGAACAACCUCAUCAAUCUUAGGCUUUACCAGACAAUUUGCCCUAAAGAAAGGAUGUCUGGAUGCAGAGCCAGUGAUGUUCCUCUAUUACCGGCUGUUUGGGGGUCGAAGGUUCUCGAAGAGUCAGACUGUCCAUCCAGAAUAGAGAGAGUUUCUGUUGCACUCUGCAUAGAAUCCUUCGUGGUCCCUGUACCCAAUCUCGUUUUCUCAAGUCUCCAUAAGCAACAGCUUCCUUCUCUCUUCACAAUGCAGACACAGAGAGAUGCAUGAAAAUAUGAUUUGCAAGCCAGGCGUGACGGUAUACCUACAACCCCAGAACAGCAGAGAUAGAGGCAGAAGGAUUGGAAACUCCUGGCCAGCUUGGGCUACAUGAGACCCUGUCUCAAAAAUAGCAAAAAAGUAAGAGUAGCAAACACUACCCUCCUAGUUCAUUGAAGCCACUGCUAGUAUUUAAAAAAAAAAAAAGAUAAGUUAUGCAUUUAUUAUUUGCAUAUUUUUAAAACAGAAAAUACCAUUAAUGUUGACUCUAACAUAGAUAUAUGCCCUACAAGAUAUAACCUGUCUUUUAAAUGGGUUAUGUUAAAAAUAUCAAAAGUACACAAAAUCUUCUGUUUUAAGAUGUAUAGUUACUGCCAACCAUACCUUUUUCUUGCACUACAGCAGAACCUAUGACCCAGAUUUGGUCAUGUUAUUCCACCCCACAAAUAUAUACAAUAACUAUGCCAAUCAAAAGAAUAAAAACGAUUUUUUAGAAUUUUUAAUGAAUAUAUUUUGGGAGGAUUAAAACAUAUCAGAAUGCCAUUUUUGUGAAGGAUCUUCCUAGGGGAGGUCAGGGUCUCACACUGCCGUUGUUUGCCUGGAUUCUACAGAAACAUCUCCGCCCCUAUCUUCACGCCCUCAAGACUCCUUUGGAUGCACUUUAAAGUCAUUUUUGUCCUUUUGUGUGUGUGUGUUGUGAGCAGUUUUCACCGGCUGGCUGGAUGUACAGCGACCCUGUGUCCUUUACUCUGUGACUCUGUCUGUACAUAACUGGAAUUCGGAUUGCACCUGUACAUAGGCUGUUUGGAGUGGUGUACUUCAGUCACAUGCUCUCACUCUGAUAAAGGGCAUUCCUCCAUGUUCCACUGUCUGCAUCCUUGUGCUUCUACUACUGAUAACCAACCUACUGAAUACACUUCAUGUAACUAAGUCUCCUCGGUGUGAAAAUAACAACAAUAAAACAAUUGACUCCAAAAAUCA